AUGCAGGCUAUUGCCUCCACUUCUUCCUCCAUACUGUCAGUAGCUCCAUACUCCCUGUCACUCUCUCUCAGUUCACUCCGGCCACUCCCAGUUCCACUUCCAGCUCUCAGCCCAGCCCCCCCUCUCUCUCACCACACUCUCCCUCACUCACCUAAUCAGCCUCAUGCAGUGCACCACAUCCGUGACAGAUGUACUUUAGAGGUGUCUUGUGGCAGAUGCCAACAAGGAUGGAGUCUUCUUAAAUCAUCCUGCUAUUAUUUUUCUAACCGUGUGUCCGACUCAAAAAAGAACUGGUUCGAUAGCAGAGCACACUGUAAAAGUCAAGGGGGCGACCUACUUGUGAUCAAUAACUUUGCAGAGCAGCAACUCAUAACUGAUAACAUUGGAAGGUCUAGUAUCAGAGGUGUUUGGUGGCAGAACGGAUUUUGGAUCGGCCUCACUGAUGUGGUGACACCGGGAACAUGGAUUUGGGUCAACAAUGUGACUGAGGUGGAAACAAUGUACUGGAAAAUUGCGAUGCCUUCCUCUGAUGGAUUUCAGAGUGGGAACUGUGCUGCUUUUUAUCAAUUUCCUGGUGCUAAGGAGUCAUGGUAUAAAGGAAACUGCCUUGACCAUCUAUAUAACUGGAUUUGUGAAAUGGAGCCAAGCUCAACAGGAAGCCUCUGAAGUGUAAAUCACAAUAACCGGACAAAUCUUUUGUGUCAAUGCAAACAUUUUCAAAUAAACAAAUUGCAGCACGAUA